AUGGAGCGCCCUGUCCCCAGGGGGCUGCGGGGGGAGAAGGAGGAGGAGGAGGUGGAGAGGGUGCUGGUGUCGGAGCACAGCUGGAGACCCUGCCCCACCGCCCGGAGGAGGGUCCGAGGGUGCUUGGAGUGGGUGAAGCGGCAGCUGUUCCGCGUCGGGGAGGAUUGGUACUUCCUCUUCAUCCUGGGGGUGCUCAUGGCCACCAUCAGCUUCGCCAUGGACAUCAUCGUCGCCAGGCUCUACGCCGCCCACACGUGGCUGUACCGGGAGAUCGGGGACAUCGCGGUGCUCAAGUUCCUCUCGUGGACCCUGUUCCCCACGGCCAUGGCCGCCUUCUCCAGCGGCUUCGCCCAGAGCAUCACCCCGCACUCCGGAGGCUCCGGCAUCCCGGAGCUGAAGACCAUCCUGAUGGGCGUGGUGCUGGAGGACUACCUGGCCAUCCAGAACUUCGGGGCCAAGGUGGUGGGGCUGACCUGCACCCUGACGUGCGGCAGCACCGUUUUCCUUGGCAAAGUGGGUCCCUAUGUCCACCUCUCCGCCAUGGCCGCAGCUUAUCUGGGGAAGAUGAGGACCACGGUCACGAGGGAAUAUGAGAACAAGUUCAAGCAGCACGAGAUGCUGGUGGCAGCUCAAGCCGUCGGGGUGGCCACAGUCUUCGGGGCACCCAUCAGCGGGGUGCUUUUCAGCAUCGAGGUGAUGUCCCCCCACUUCGCCGUGCGGGAUUACUGGCGCGGCUUCUUUGCUGCCACCUGUGGCGCCUUCAUGUUUCGGCUCCUGGCCGUGUUCAACAGCGAGCAAGGCAAGGCAGGCUGGGCUGGAUGUGCCCCCCCUUCCCCUUGACCCUCCCCCGGGACAUUUUGGGUGCUCACCCCCAAACCCACACCCUCAUUCCUGUCUCCCCUCCCAGAAACCAUCGCCGCUGUUUUUAAGAGUGACCUCAAGAUUGAUUUUCCCUUCGACCUCCUGGAGACCUUCUUUUUCCUGAUUUUGGGGAUCAUCUGUGGGAUCGUGGCCUGUGCUUAUCUCUUCUGCCAGCGCUGGAUGAUGGUGGCCGUCAAGAGGAACCGGCUGACAGCCAAGCUCUUGGCCACUGACAAACCCGUGUACACGGUGCUGGCCGUGCUGCUCCUCGCCUCCAUCACCUUCCCGCCCGGGCUGGGCCAGUUCAUGGCCUCCAGGCUCACCAUGAAGGAACAUCUCAUCUCCCUCUUUGACAACCGCACGUGGGGCGUGCUGGCUGCCAACGCCUCGGGGGUGGCCAAGCCUGGGGGGCUCUGGCAGGAGUGGGACCAUCCCUCUGCCACCAUCUACGGCACCCUGACCUUCUUCCUGCUCAUGAAGUUCUGGAUGCUGAUCUUGGCCACCACCCUGCCCCUGCCAGCUGGGUACUUCAUGCCCAUCUUCAUCUAUG